AUGCCCCCCCAAGAUCCUCCUCCCGCAGUUGACAAGCGCGUCGCAGCCCGCGAAGUCGUCGACAUCCUCCACGAAAUCUCGACUCUGCUCAACACGAAUCUAUCGCGGCCACAGCUGUCGUUUUGCAUCUCGCUGAUCGAGAAUGGUGUUCACCCGGAGGCAUUAGCUACUGUGAUCAAGACGCUGCGGAAGGAGUAUCCCGAGUCGGACAUGACGGAGAGUGAGGAUGGGUAA